AGGAGGAGGAAAGGGCGGAGAGGGGGUGCUGCCGGGCGGUGGAUGGCGGCGAGCGGCGGGGCCGGGCUCCUGCCCUUCCUGCGCCUGCUGGGGCAGCUCAAGAGAGUACCGCGGACAGGAUGGGUGUACAGGAACGUGGCGAAGCCGGAGAGCGUAUCCGAUCACAUGUACAGGAUGGCGAUGAUGGCUUUGGUGACUGAAGACAAAAGCCUUAACAAGGACAGAUGCAUACGAUUAGCUUUGGUUCAUGAUAUGGCUGAGUGCAUUGUUGGAGAUAUUGCUCCUGCAGAUAAUAUUUCAAAAGAAGAGAAACACAGGAGAGAAGAGGCAGCUAUGCAACAACUGACCCAGCUUCUAUCAGAGGACCUCAGAAAAGAAAUCUAUGAACUCUGGGAAGAAUAUGAAAACCAGUGUACUGCAGAAGCCAAGUUUGUAAAACAGUUGGAUCAGUGUGAGAUGAUACUGCAAGCGUUUGAGUACGAAGAGUUGGAAAACACACCUGGCAGAUUGCAAGAUUUUUAUGAUUCAACUGCUGGGAAGUUUUCUCACCCAGAAAUACUUCAGCUUGUAUCUCUGAUUAACACAGAGAGGAAUAAAAAAAUAGCUGCUACAUCUCAUCCACAUUCCUGAGGUGUUCCUAAAUGCUGUAGCUAUAAUAAAUGCUUUGUUUUAUAUUCUGU